AUGACUGUGAAUUCUGUAGAGGUCGAAAGCGAACGGAUCCGAAGCGAAGGACAGGCAACUCCUGCAAGAAAAGAACCUGAAGAAGGACUUGCUAUCUCAGAUCUCUUGACAGCUUCCCAACGACUCCCAGUCUUCGGCGGAACCAGUUCCCGUCCUUGCUCACCAUCUGCCGCCCCCGAAGUCGACCUUGUUCUUCGUUCCCACGACCCUCCCCACCUGACCACCUUCGGAUUCCAUCCCCUCCUGGGGGUUCGUCCGGACCCGUCAUUCUUGUCUUCCUCAUCCUCCAUAAAGUCUUUGUAUCGCCGGUUAGCUUACUUAACCAGCCAGAUAAGAGUGGACAAACUCGGUCAAGGGUUUGCAAGCUGA